UCACAUUCGUUCUGAAAUUCUCGACUAAUAAACCAUAUUUUAAAAAAUAUAUGAUUAAUUAACAAACACAAUUCUCUUUUUAACUGAAAAAAACUCCAAACUCUUAAAGUCAUCUAAGAAUUUCAAAUUAAUUAACGCAAAAUGUCUUCGUAUUUACCGUUGUCGAAACCGAUGAUCGGUGAAAUGGCGACUACGAAUUCGGACACCAUGUCCGAAAUUUCCGAAAGUGGGACGGCCACGUCGGGUUGGGCGUCCCGAUGGGACUCGAGGGAAGAUCUGAGGAAUUUGGCCUCGAAAUUGGGACUCAACGACGUCUCCGAUCUGUACCAGGAACGUUUUAAGGUCAAUCGGCCUAAGCUGGAAAAAAUGCUGACAUGUGAUAAUGAAGCAUUUUGCCCCGCUGACGUGUUCUUUGCUAAAGUUAUGGAAGACACGGACACCAUCAUUACGUGGCCCAGCAAGCUAAGAAUUGACGCUAAGUCUAAAAAAGACCCUCAUGUGAGAAUCGCAGGCAGACCUGAAGAUGUCAAAGCCGCCAGGGACAGGAUCUUGUCUGUGUUAGACACUGUGUGCAAGCGUGUGACAAUGAAAAUGGAUGUAAGCUAUACUGACCAUUCUCAUAUCAUCGGUAAAGGCGGUUUGACCAUCAAGGGAGUCUUGGAGCAAACAAAAUGUCAUGUGCAUUUUCCCGACUCGAACCAAACGAACCCCAUGGAGAAAAGCAACCAGGUUUCCAUUACUGGUGACAUAGAGGGCGUGGAAAUGGCUCGGUCACGUGUCAGGGAACUAAUCCCUUUAAUUUUUGGAUUUGAACUACCAAUCAAGUCCCAAAACGUGGAUAUCAGUUCCCCUUUUAUCCAGAAAAUCCAGGAAGAGUAUGGUGUACUAGUCAUGUUCAAGAAAAGACCCAAACUGCACGCCAUUAUGGUUUUAGUGAAGGGAGUGGAAUGGGAAGUGCAUAAGGUCAAAACUGCUACCCUGUUGCUCAUGGAUUAUUUGUGUGAAAGUUUGGCGAGCCAAACGCUUCUUCAGAUGUCACUGGAAAUUUCACCACACCAUCAUCCGGUAGUUCUCGCGAAAAACCACUCGAACAUUAAAGCAAUAAUGGAGCACACGGGUUGCCAAAUCAUGUUUCCAGAUGCCCAAGAUCCGAAUACUCCAACUUUGAAAAAGAGCAACGUGAUUAUUACUGGAAAUAUCCAUAAAAUUUAUGAUGCAAGGCAGCUGCUUAUUGGCAGUCUACCGUUGAUGAUCAUUUUUGAUUUGCCAGAUGAUCAUAUUGAUUUGAGGAUUAAGCCGGAACAGAUUCAGGAAAUUGAAACAAGCUGUGACGUUUCGAUCAAAAUAAAACAGAAGGCAAAUAAAUCUAAGGCGUGUGUUAUCAAAGGAAUUGAACGAUUAGUCAGUAACGUCUACAAGGCCAGAAACCUGAUUCUGGGUCUAAACGAACCCCCGGUGCAGUCCUUCAUCCCAUACUCCUACCACCUGCCAAACGCUGCCCCGCCUCAACUAAAUCAUCUUACCUCCACCAACUCUAAUCCUACAGCUUUGGUCAGCCCUUUAAUCUCUCCAUCUUGGCCGAUCUUUCCCUCGCCAACCGCUCCUCCUCAUCCACAACCGCAAAAUACUCCCUUUUCGGCUUUUUUAAAUGUGAACCAGCAGCAACAAAUCUUCUUCCCGCCGAAUAUCAACCCGAACGCGUUACUUCAGCAGAGUAUGGGUCAUAGCGGAUAUCAACCCUUCAAAUCUUCCCAGCACGAUCAAACCAUAACUCAGAAAGACGAAGCAAACACGAGCACUUGCAGCUCGAUUUCGACAAUCUCGAGCACUCGUAGUCCAACGAACCAUUCGCCAAAUUCUUAUUAUACUGAUCCGUCUCAACCGUAUGACCCUCGCAAUUUAGGUACAGCAUUAUCCCCGGUCUUCUCACAGAUGAACAGUUCCACCUUGAUGGAUAACAAACAGUCGCCAACCGGUUUGGGAGCUUACGAGUUGGAGAAUAAGAGAUUGGCCGCUAUGAGAGCCAUGAGGGCCAAGCCAAAACCUGGAAUACUGAGGGUACCUCAUAACAUUUGGUCUGGAUGCGGGAUGAGUAACACCAGCCCCGGAGGAUUUUUGGCUGAUAAGUAUAAUACCGCGGAGGAUGACAUCUGGCAAGCAACCUCACCAAGGACUUUUGCCACGGAGUAUUCCAGCUUCCCAUCCAGUUCCGCCUCAAUGAUGAACACCAGCAACGUUUUGGAACACACCCCUACCCACGUCUGGAAUCGUUUUACUAGUAACAGUGAUUGGCAAGACUUGCCCACAUUAUUGACCGUAAUGAACCUGGAGCACUACAUCCCGUUGUUCAAGAAGCACGAGAUUGAUUUGGGGUUAUUUUCGACUUUGACUGAUCAAGAUUUGAUUCAUAUCGGGAUCAGCGCUCUUGGGGCCAGAAAGAGAAUGGUUUUGGCAAUAACAGAAAUUAACAAGAAAAAUUCGCCUUUUUCUGCGGCCCCAGGUGCCGAGAGAAGACAAUCGCUUUCCAACAGCCAAAAUGGUAACUGAAUUAAUGAAGUAAAUGAGGUUUGAAACAAAAAAUUUUCAGGUAAUAAAAUUACUGGAAAAUAUUAUUCAAAGUUAAGAAAAAAAAAAGAAUUUUAGAAACUUUAAAAUUAAUAGAUUUAUAUUUUUUUUUAUGUUUGUUAAUUUUUUUAAAUGUAUAUUGAUUGUAUACAGUUUACGUGCACACUUUAAAGAUCUCUUAAAGGACCUUUAUAAUUUUUUUUUAUUAUCUAGUGUUGCGCAUGUAAGCUAGCCGUUAAUCGCUCUAAACAUUUACAAAGAAAUUUAAAACAAAUCUUCUUUCGUAUCUGUCAAAAGCGAUUCGGGUUUUUAACUUGUUGUCUUGUUCUGUAUACUUUUACAAAUGAAAUUUUUCGUAUUUUAGCUGAUAAAUUUAUACAACUAAUAAGGUUUUAGUGCGCGCCCUCUUGUAAACAAAGUUUUAACUGUAGAUCAACUCCAAAUGUCCCUCUACACGGUAUGUCAAGAAAAUUCAAAUUUGACAGUUUAAAAAGUCAAAACUGACAGUUUCAAACGUCAAAAUUGACAGUUUCAAAUUUAAUAAAAAAUGGUGCGAAGGGACUUUUGAAUGAGAGAUGAAGGGAUUUGAUUAAAUUAUAAACCUUUUUUUAUAUUUGUACCGUAUUUAUAUUGUCAUUAUUAGGUAUUUAUUAUUGUAUAAUUUUUAAGAGAUAUUUACUUAGGAUAUACAUGGUUUUAAAUAUCUACUUGUGAUAGAUUAUUCUGACCUAUUUAUUAUUGCUGAAUUAUAUUUAUAGGUAUUUAUUAGUUAUUUUUAAGAGAUAAUUAUUUAUAUAUAAACUUGUUUUAAUAUCCAUUUAUAUGAGUUAUUUAUUAUUGCUGAAAUAUAUUUGAAUUGAUAAAUCA